AUGGGCACUUAUGGAUACAUGGCUCCUGAAUAUGCUAUAGAUGGACUUUUUUCGGUGAAAUCUGAUGUGUUUAGCUUUGGAGUGCUCGUUUUGGAGAUUGUGAGUGGAAAGAAAAACAGAGGAUUUCAUCAUCCUAAUCACGACCUCAACCUUUUGGGACAUGCUUGGAAACUAUGGACGGAAGGAAAUCCUAUGGAUCUUUUGGAUGCUUCAUUAGUGAAUCUGAACUCAGAAUCUGAAGUUUUAAGGUGUAUCCACGUCGGCUUGUUGUGUGUACAACAACGCCAUGAAGACAGACCUAUUAUGUCUAAUGUUUUAUUAAUGUUAGACAUCGAGCACCCGGUGGUUUCUCAACCUAAACAACCUGGUUUUUACUCGGAAAGAUCACUUAUUGACAUGGCUACGUCUUCAUCAACAGGAAAUAAACUUCAUACUUCUAAUGAAAUAACUGUAACAUUAUUACAAGGGUGGAACAGAAGGACUGGAUUGAACGCGUCUUUCACAUCCUGGAAAUCUCGUGAUGAUCCCGGAACUGGUAACUAUGCAUUGAAAAUAGAGUUUACUGGCACGCCCCAGUUUUAUUUGUUAAAGGGUACAAACAGGUUAUGGCGAACCGGACCCUGGAAUGGGCUUGGAUGGAGUGGUAUGCCAGAAAUGGUUUCAAAUUUCAUCUUCAAAAUUUUUUAUGUUGAAAAUGAUGAUGAAGUGACUAUAACAUACUCUAUAAAAGACCCAUCAAUCUUUUCAAGAUUGGUGGUAAAUGAAUCUGGGACUCUGGAACGGCUUACUUGGCAAGGAAAUGAGCGUGGAUGGGCAAGAUUUUGGUAUGCACCCAGAGAUCAAUGUGACAGUUAUGCACACUGUGGAGCGUUCAGCAGUUGUGACCUAUUCAAUUUGAGUGACUUUGAAUGUUCAUGCCUUCCAGGAUUUGAGCCCAAGCUAGAACGUCAAUGGUACCUACGGGAAGCAUCACAUGGAUGUAAAAGAAAGCAAGGAGAAAAUAUUUGUGGUAAUGGAGAUGGAUUUAAGAAGGAGAUAAAUGCGAAAGUCCCCGACGCUUCAAUUACACAUGUGAAUAAGAGUUUAGAACUGAAAGAAUGUCAAGAAUUGUGCCUAAAAAAUUGUUCAUGCACAGCUUUUGCAACUGCUAAUAUCAGUGGAGGAGGAAAUGGUUGCAUCACUUGGCAUGGAGCCCUGGUAGAUAUCAGGCGCUUCCCAAACAGGGGCCAGGAUUUGUACAUAAGAGUUCCUGCUGCAGAGAUAGUUCAGGGUACGAGGGACUCAAAAGGCUUUCGUGGGAAGAGAUUGAUGACAACUGUGAUCGUGUUAAGUUUAGCAAUGCUUCUCAUACUCUUCUUAGCAUGCUGGUUGUGGAAGAAGAAGAGAAAAGGUACAGAAGGACAGAGAAAGCGUCCAUUUAACUUUAACAUGGGUUUAACAUCCUAUGGCAGUAGGGCAGAGGAGAUGGAAGGUAGCGGAACAAAUGUUGAAGUGCCAAUCUUGGAUCUGAGCACCAUUGUUUCAGCCACUGAAAAUUUUUCUCUGGCUAAUAAACUUGGAGAAGGUGGCUUUGGUGCAGUUUACAAGGGUCGGCUUCCCAGUGGGCAAGAGAUAGCUGUCAAAAGACUGUCAAAAAUAUCAGGACAAGGGAAUGAAGAAUUCAAAAAUGAAAUCACGCUGAUUGCAAGACUCCAGCACAGAAAUCUUGUAAGACUUUUGGGAUGUUGCAUUCAACAAGAUGAGAAGAUGUUAAUAUACGAGUACCUCCCAAACAAAGGCUUAGACUAUUUUAUCUUCGAUGAAGCAAGAAGAUCACUUAUAGACUGGAGCCAAGAUAAAGCGAAUACAAGUAGAGUAGUUGGAACCUAUGGUUAUAUGUCACCAGAAUAUGCAAUGGAAGGGCAAUUCUCAAUAAAGUCUGACGUUUACAGUUUUGGGGUUUUGCUGUUGGAGAUCAUCUGUGGCAGGAAGAAUAGCAGUUAUUUUGAAGACAAUACCGUUAAUUUGAUUGGAUAUGUUUGGGACUCGUGGAGAGAAGAGAGAGCAUUGGAUGUAGUAGAUUCAUCACUCGAAAACUCUUAUGAAGCCAAUAAAAUUUUGAGGUGCAUGCAUGUUGGUCUUCUGUGCGUGCAAGAAUAUGCUCCUGAUCGGCCAACAAUGUCAGAAGUACUUUUCAUGCUAUGCAAUGAAACAACUCUUCCUUAUCCUAAAAAACCUGCAUUUAUCUUCAAGAAAGAUAACACUACUCUAUACUCAUCAUCAGCUAGUGUAGAAAACAGAUCUGUGAAUGAUAUGUCAAUUACUGUGGUUGAACCUCGCUAA